UUAAAUAACUGCAAUUUGCAAAUUUUCCUUUUAUCUAUAGAAAAAUAUCUUUAAAAUCCAAAAGUUUUGUCAUUCACUAUAAAUUAAACCUUAUACACGCCAUUCUUCAUCUACAUUCUACACCUAUCAUCUAUGGCACCGUCGUCACAUUCCAACCCCAUCCUACUUCUCAUUUUUAUCAUCCAAUUUUUCCAUUUCAUUUCAACUCACCCCCUUAAUUCUCUUUCCCCUUCCGAAAUCAACCAAGUUCGUGCCACAAUUUUGAAAAAAAUACCCUCUACACACUCACACCUUAUCCAUCCACCACGUGGGCUUAGAUGAUCCACCCAAGCCCAUGACCGAAUCAUGGAUCACAACUACAUCCGAAAAUCCAAACCCAAUCCGAAAUCCAAAUCCAACAAGAACCGCUUACAUAGUGGUUCGUGUUAACAAGACCACCCAUGAAAUUACCAUGGACAUAACAAACCCGUUAAAAAACACUCCAAAAAUAUUAACCGAUGACAUUUACCACGGUCAUGGAUAUCCAAUGUUGACGGUCCAAGAGCAAGAAGUAGCAAACAACCUAGCACAAACGUACCCUCCAUUCGUGGCAUCGGUUAACAAAAGAGGACUUGACAUACACGACCUUGUAUGCUUAAGUUUUACUGUAGGGUGGUUCGGAGAAAAAAAGAAACAAGGGAGAAUAGUUAAGAUUAUGUGUUAUAGUAUGAAAGGUACCGUGAAUUUUUACAUGAGACCGAUUGAGGGAUUAUUCGUGAUUGUCGAUUUGGAUGAUAUGAAGGUCAUAGAUUUCAAAGAUAGAGAGAUUGUACCAUUGCCGAAAUCGGAAGGGACAGAUUAUAGGGAUACCAUGCAACCUAGUCCUUCGUAUGGUCGUAUACCAACAAAAGGUGUGACAAUGAUACAACCAAAUGGGCCAAGUUUUAAAAUUGAUGGUCACAUUGUGAGUCAAUAUACAUGCAGAGAUAGGGAAAUAGAGAACAAGGACAUUGUGUUAUGGUACACAAUGGGUAUCCAUCAUGUUACAAGCCAGGAAGAUUUCCCACUUAUGCCAACAGUUAGCAUUGGAUUUGAGCUUCGUCCAGCCAAUUUUUUCGAGACUAAUCCUGUUCUUUCGGCUAAGUUACCUAAAGAUAUUAGGAUGAUUAAUUGCUCAAUGAAGAUGAACCAUUCUUAUUAAUACGGAUAUUUCUAAUUUUCAAACAAGUUGAGGGCAAUCGAAUUUGUAUGGCAGUUAUUGGCCUGGUUAGCCUUUUAAUGAACUUAUCUCGAUUUAUAAAUUAAUGCUUUUUUGAAUGUACAAUAUGAAACUUAUUACUGUAAUAGUUUAGCUAUUCGAAAAAACUAAUAAAGUGUUCUUUUGCACUAACCGAAUAAAAUUCAUGUGAAUGAAAUUUGAAGUUCUAAAAGUGAAAGAGAACGAAUUGAAGUCUCAAUCAUGUUUUUCAUUAAACAUGCAUGCAUCACAAAGGAAUGCCAAGUCAAGUUAUUGAAUCAUAGUAGAGCUAAGUAGCAAUAGCUACCACUAUCUAUAAAGUUUCAUUGAGGGGAUAAAAAUACAAUCUUACCACAAACAAAUACCAAAGAGGGGUUCAUGCCAUCUUUUCAAGCCAUUUACUAUUGAACCAAUAAGGCUACUCAAUGUAGAUCAAAGCCAUAUAAUUUAUUUGUCUUCAUAACUAACAACUUGUUGACAGUUAAUAAUUAUUCACACAGCUAACAUCCACAACCACAUCUAAUGUACUUCUAUAGCUUCAUUUUGCCAAACUGGAAGUAAUAGUGAUUGGUUUUCAAUUUUUUGUUAGAAAAGUCACAAUUUUUUGCAAAUUUUCUUUUUUGUUGUUACUUGUUCCUUCCCCUCCCCUUCUAUAUCCUCUGACCUUUUCAGUUGUAAAUUUGGUAGCUUAAUGUUUUGAAUACAAAAGUAGAUUUUUUGAAAGAAUACAUCAAGACGUAUAAAUUUAACACGAUAUUAUAUGACUAUAUUUUCUUUGAUAUACAAAUUACAAAAUAUGGUCAGAGAAAUAAGUGUGUUUCAAACAAUUGCAAUUAAAUGAGAACAGAGGAAAUACAUAGAGAAACAUCCCCGGCCAAAUAGCCUGCUUAGGCAACGCUUAUUUCUUUUUGGGCAUGGAUCCUAUGAACAUAUUACACUCGGAUCUGAAAAGGAAACUGUCAUACUGGAGGCUUCUUCCUAGCUAGAAUAUCUUGGAGGCAAAGCUACUGACAGUGAGGAAAACCAAAUCUUUUUCCGAAGCUUUCUUUAUAGAAUAAUUACUUUUGGAUAACUUGUUAUUCCUUUUUCAUUAUUCAUUAUUUUUAAAGAGUAAAUAUAAAAUGUGGGUACUAAACUUUGGUCAAAGUUGCAGAUUGGGUACUCAAUUUUGCUUUGUUGCAAGUUGGGUACUAAACUUGGGCACUGCCUGAAUUUUGACCUUUAACAACAGGUUAAUAAGCAUUAAUGAGUUUUUUUUUUUUUUUUUUUUUUUUUUUUUU